CAUGGCCUUUGCAUUCCAUACUCUUUUAUGCAAACAUAUAUAUCUCACUGAGUAUCAUGGGAAUUAAAUACUUAUAAAAAGAAGUUUCAUGGGAAUUAAAUGUCUACAUGGUUAUGAUGGAAUGGAACCACAAGUUACAGUGGGUCCAUGGAAAAAGUUUGAGCUGUUGCCUAACUGAUUGUAUGACUUGUAUUUUUCAGAUUAUUAUGAACUUCUGUGUGAAAUUUUGUUGCUCUCAUUAUCGAUCUGUCUGUAAGACCUUUUGUGAAUAUGAAUUUGUGCAUAAAAUGCUCGAUCAAUUUCGAUGCUAGGGGUGUAUGUUCUAGCUGGGUUAGAGACAAGAGGUUGGAGGUUUAAUGUAGCUUUUCUUCGGUCUUUCGGGUUUUUUCAUGUGUUCUUCUUUUGUUUUGGUGUUCUUGUAUACUCUUUGUAUACUUUAGGGGCGCCUUUACGCUUUUUUGUGCUAUUUCUUUUAUUACCUAUAAAAAAAAUUUGUACAUAAAAUUAUAAAUAAAAGACACCAAGUAAUAUUACUCUCAUGCAACUUAAAAUGGGCCUCCAGAUUCUGCUCAAACGGGCCUAGAUUUAUUGGUGGUUGGCUGGCUGGCUUCCUGGUACAAUUAGGUUUACAAAUAAAAGGACUACUGAAUUCGCUCGGUAGUUCUCUUUUUUGUGAGUCUUGUAUAUGACUAUGGAUGUUAGAUGAAUAUUGUUAGUUAUCAGUACAUUGUUGAAAGCUUCCUAAUAGGGUUAUGCUAUAUACCUUUUCUGCUAUGUUCUUAUAAUAUUAAAUUUGGGGGAAUAUCUGUAAUGCAUGAUAUUCUUUUAGGAACUUUCUGAAUCACUUACAUAAUGAACUGUAAGUGAGCAAAUUGAUCUUGUGACCUUAUUGGAAUGAUUUUGCAUGUUCAACUAUUGAAUUUUGGUCAAUAUAUAUCUAUCACAACCACACCUACGGGAGAAAUUGUAUAUAUAUAUUUUCCCAUUAUGAUGGGGCAUUAGGCGGCAGUAAUCAAGUUGCAUCUCUUGAAUAUUAAGCUAAUGGAGCCUAAUGGGCAUAGGAGAGUGAGGAGAAGGGAUCAUCAUGCCCAAGAAAAUGGCGAUGUCAGUCUAACAAGUGUUGGUGAAGAAUUUGAUCCAUGGACUGCAUGGGCUUACAAGCCUCGUACUGUUUCCUUGCUACUUGUAGGUGCCUGUUUUCUUAUUUGGGCAAGUGGAGCCCUUGAUCCUGAAAGCGGUGCAUCUGGUGAUCUUGUUACAUCUGUGAAAAGGGGUGUAUGGGCUAUGAUUGCAGUUUUUCUUGCUUACUGCUUGCUUCAAGCCCCAUCUACGGUCCUUAUUAGGCCACAUCCUGCAAUUUGGCGGCUAGUGCAUGGAAUGGCUGUUUUGUACCUUGUCUCCCUCACAUUUUUGCUUUUUCAGAAGCGUGAUGAUGCUCGGCAAUUUAUGAAGUUUCUCCAUCCCGACCUUGGUGUUGAACUUCCAGAAAGAUCGUAUGGUGCUGAUUGCCGCAUAUAUGUACCUGAGAAUCCCACAAGCAGGUUUAAGAAUGUUUAUGAAACACUUUUUGAUGAAUUUGUGCUAGCUCAUAUUAUUGGAUGGUGGGGCAAAGCUAUACUGAUUCGUAAUCAGCCCCUUCUGUGGGUGCUAUCAAUAGGAUUUGAAAUGAUGGAGCUUACAUUCCGCCACAUGUUACCGAACUUCAAUGAGUGCUGGUGGGACAGUAUAAUUCUUGACAUUGUGACCUGCAAUUGGUUUGGAAUCUGGGCAGGGAUGCAUACUGUCAGGUACUUUGAUGGAAAAACAUACAAGUGGGUUGGUCUGAGCCGUCAGCCUAAUAUUAUAGGAAAAGUCAAACGAACAUUAGGACAGUUUACACCAGCACACUGGGACAAAGAUGAGUGGCACCCCCUGCUUGGUCCAUGGCGAUUCAUUCAAGUUCUGAGUCUUUGCAUUAUAUUUUUGACAGUAGAGCUGAACACAUUCUUUUUGAAGUUUUGUCUUUGGAUUCCUCCUCGGAACCCUGUAAUUGUGUAUAGGUUGAUCUUGUGGUGGCUAAUUGCAAUACCAACAAUUCGUGAGUAUAAUUCGUAUCUUCAAGACCGAAAUUUGGUGAAAAAAGUUGGAGCUUUUUGUUGGCUUUCCCUUGCUAUCUGCAUUGUUGAGCUUCUCAUUUGCAUCAAGUUUGGUCACGGAUUAUACCCUAAAUCAAUGCCUUUAUGGCUGGUACUAUUCUGGACAUCGAUUGGAGUGGCCCUCCUAAUAUUCAUCCUUGUUUGGUCUUGGCAACUACGUAAAAGUUUAGGUCAGUGGAUCAGUCUUUUGAGCUCAGAUAAUUUAUUCUUACAUGAUAGGUACGGCGUAAGGCUCAUUAGUUACUGGAGCCAUUUUGGACUUCCCAAUCUUCAGUUUUGUAGUUUAGUUUUUUUAAUGUGAUUUAUUUCAAAUUUAAUUUAUCUAGAGCAUUUUUGUCAUUUGUAUUGGAACAAUGCAGCAAAAAGUGGAACACUCAUUUUAGUGUUUUGAAAACUCGACUGGACUGGUUGAACCAGGUUAACUAAGAGCUGGCCUUGACAUCGAGCCGGAAAAGGUCUAUUGUGGAAGCUAGGGGUGACAUGUAACAUGUAACAUGGCUAUUGUAGUGGUUUCUCUCUCUAACCCAACCCUCUGUCUAUUGAAAGUCUUGUUUCUUUCAUUAUGUGAUUGAAUUUGGGGAACAAACAGAAAUGGGAGUUGGGGAAAAGUAUCCUUGGUUGAAA